GCGAUCAGUGUACCAAGACGGCCAAGACCACCAUCUUUCAUAUUGUAAACGUCUUAAAAUAUAAAACACAUUGUCCUCGAUCAAACGUAACAUAUUAAUACCGUACGUUGAUUUAAUAUAGUCCUUGAAACUUAUUUAUAACCCCUCCACGUUUGCACGACUUAAUAAACUAUAAAAAGAUGUCACAACCGGAACAAACUGCCAGUAGGAUUUACGACAAGGAUAUGUCGACUUCGAAGAAUAGCUCAACUUUGAGAUUAAAUCAAGAGGGUGCUGUGGGUCAGGAACGUGAUUGGAUGGAUCAUGAUACCGACUCUGAGAUCAGUGAGCACGAUUUUCUUACCAAGGGUGCGUUUCUUCUUACACCGAGCCAUGAGCUAACUGUGGAAAAAGCUGCUACCAUUUGCGACAAGAUGAAUUUCCGAGGCGCCUUCUCGUUAACCAAAACCGCCACUGGAAUUCUAUUCAAAUUCAGCAACAUCGAUGACUUCCAAGCGGUGUACAAAAAAGGCUUUCACAAAGUUACCGGUGCAAGAUUCUAUAAAAAAGUUGCUAUCCCUUGCCGACCUGCUAAAAUAUUCACUGUAUAUGUUCUUGAUGUACCCGAGGAACUCCCCGAGGAUGAUAUAAGACAUGCGCUCUAUAAAUAUCGGUCUAUUGUUGAGGUCACCAGGUUACCACUCAAUACAGCAACUGUUUUGAAGGCUAUUAACGACAAACUGAAGAGCGAGACACAAAACAGUAAUGAACCACCAGUUAUUUAUACCGGACCGCCAGUAAUUCGCGUUACGCUUGCGAGUGUUGAAGAGACAUCAAUGUUAUUAAGUCGCGGUCUUGAUUUCUAUGGGGCAACAUUUUUUCCAACAGAGACACCGCACCCAAUAAGCGCCAAUUUGGCCAAGUAUAAAAACAACAGCUGUUCAAAUGACAGAUGGCUGGAAUUAGCUUCAUUGGGCGCAGGUCAACGUGUCCGAGAUCUACUUCCAGUUUUCGAUAAUGCAGGAUUCACUAAAUUGCCACCACCAGCAUGUCGUGUUAUAAAACCACAAAGAAAUUGACGUCGCUAGGGCUUUAUUUUUUUUUUUUUUUAUUUAUUUGUUGUUGUUACUUUUUAUUUUUACUUUCUGCUCUGCUCUACUAUACUCAAUUUUAUUUUUUUUUUUACUUACACCCGACCUAACCGGGGCACUACCGAUCGGCUCAUUUCGCUUGUCGUUUUGCCGGUCGCCCGACAUACUAGCGUAGCAUCGAGACUGGCAUGGGGAGAAGAGAGCUAUUCGUCGUACUAAGGGAGAGACAAUUAAAGUCGACGGUUCAUUUUCUCUGGCACUACUAGCAAGUUAUCGAUCUGAAGACGAAGAGAAUUGAGCACGAAGAACGAAGAGAACCGUGAGAGUCGUUUAACUGUUCCUGACAAGUGGCAAAUAAUUAGUUAUAGCUCCACUUGGUCUUAUCCUUCAUCCAACUCCCCAUCCUUUUUCACUUCAACGACCUCUUCGCUGUACUUCAAUCAAACGUUAUAUACAUAUAUAUUUAUAUGAACAAUUAUAAAUAUUAUUAAUUUUAAACGUUUAUGUAAUAACUAAUUUAUGAAUAAAAAUAAUUAUUUAACAGUCA